UCAAGGUUAUCUUCAUUGUUGGAUUGAUUUAUUUUAAAGUUUCAGUCAAAUAAUAUAUAAUGUUGUUUGUUCUAACAAAAGUAUAAAUCAUUCCUAUUUAAUGUACCAGAGUUGUUAUUUAUACUAUACCGGUCAGAAUUAUGGCUAAUAGAAAAAGAAACGUGAAUUACAUCAAACCUGAGGACCCAGAGUUCCUUAAAAUUAUAAAGAGACAAGCUGGGUAUGAUGACAGAAAUCGAAAAUUCGACCCGCUUGAGAAUGCCGAGGAAGAUUUCGUGGACGAUACAGAAAGCGAAGAGCCGCAAGUUGUAGUUCUGAAACCGGGAGACCUCACUGCCGAGGAGGCAGAGGUGGAGAGGAAACGGUUAGAGAAAGAAGCGGAAGAAACUAAAGCAGACCUUAGUCAACGGGUUAUUUUUAAACCCAAGUCAAAGAAAACUGAAAAUGAUAAAAAAGGAAAAGAGCCAAGCAACAAGAACUCCAAUCAAAAAAAGCAAAGUCAGUUGCUGUCUUUUAAUGAUGAUGAAGAGGAAGACGAAAGUAGUUAACAGCGUGUAGUGUUGCGUGUGCGAUAUAAUGGGUGCAAAAAAUGUUAUAAAAUUAUAACAAUCCA